AUGGUCAAACAAAAAAUUAACAAAAAGAACGAUUUUAUAAUUCAUCGCGUCACAAUACGAUCCACUGGCAUAGUUAAUCCCAAUCAUGGUAAGCACUUAUGGAACUUAUGGAAGGGAAAAUAUGUAUGGGAUCAAUCCAUAAACGACGCCGACGAAGAACAAUGGAAAACCCUUAUAUCAAAAUGGCCCAAACAGGAGUUAGAACAGGCCAAUUCGUGUUGGAACCGAUUAUGGUGCCACGAAAAAUAUGCUACGGUGUGGUCAGACGCAAAAUGUGCCCUUUUUUGGGUUAGAACAAUCAAAAUUACUUCCGCGAUACUUACCAAGUUAUCAAAAUCCGACACGGCCACAAGAGGAAUUUCACCAACCAAGCUUCGUUAUAGUAAAUUAUGGUGGAAUGGUCGGUACUGGCUAGAUAAGGAUCCAUCACAAUAA